UCUACGUAUAGAUAAGGUAAGAAAUGCCAUUUUAAUAAGACUGAGAUCUAUACAAUUAAAGACUCCUAAUCCAUUGUUUCUAUGAUUUGGACAAAACCAAAUCCUCAAAAACGCAAAGGCAGAGGAAGAGGAAGAGAGAGAGAGCAGUUUGUGCAUAAUUUCAUUCAUUUAUUUACACAUCAAAAGCAACGAAAGCUUCAAACUUUCCUUUCUCCCUUUCUCUUUCAAGACUGCAAAUUUGAGGAAUCAGUUCCCUGGAAUCGAGGUUCCCUCUCCUCUCCACUUAAACCCUCACCACAAAAUCGACCCUUUCUCUAUCUCUUCUGUCUGUCUGUGUUCCAAAGUCUCAAGCUUUGUUCUUCUGGGUGCAAGGCGCUAGAGAACUUGUUGCUUACUUCUGCUGCAUAAGGAGGAUAAGUAAGAUUUGUUGGUUUGGGAUCUCGACUUAAAGGGAGGGAAGGAAGGUGAUGGAUAUCGUCAGAGGUUGGCUCAAUAAGUUAAAGUCUAAAGGGAAAGACAAGUUCUCUAAAAAGAAGGAAACUACUACAAGUAAUAAUGUAAACGAGGGAUCCAGAACAGCUGGAGGUGAAGAAGCUGUGUCAAAUGUUACAAAGCAGAAGGCUGCCGCUGCGAAACAAUUUAUCGAAAAUCAUUACAAGAAACAAGUGCAAAGUCAGCAGCAAAGACAGGAGAGACGUAAUAUGCUGGAGAAUAAGUUAGCUGCUGCAGAAGUAUCAGAGGAAGAGCAAAAGAAUAUGCUUAAGGAUUUAGAGAAGAAGGAAACUGAAUACAUGCGACGUCAGAGACAUAAAAUGGGAACUGAUGACUUCGAGCCAUUGACUAUGAUAGGGAAGGGCGCUUUUGGAGAGGUUAGGAUAUGCAGGGAGAAGGGAACAGGCCAUGUCUAUGCUAUGAAGAAGCUCAAGAAAUCUGAGAUGCUUCGUAGAGGCCAGGUGGAACAUGUGAAAGCAGAGAGGAAUCUACUUGCGGAGGUUGACAGCAAUUGCAUAGUGAAGCUGUAUUGUUCAUUCCAAGACGAAGAGUAUCUGUAUCUUAUCAUGGAGUAUCUACCCGGUGGAGAUAUGAUGACGUUGCUUAUGAGGAAAGACACACUUACUGAAGAUGAGGCGAGGUUUUAUGUUGGGGAGACUGUCUUAGCUAUCGAGUCCAUUCAUAAGCACAACUAUAUCCACAGAGAUAUAAAGCCUGAUAAUCUGCUACUGGACAGAAGCGGGCACAUGAAACUAUCAGAUUUUGGAUUAUGCAAGCCAUUAGACUGUAGUAUUCUCGAGGAAAAGGAUUUCACGUUUGCGCAGAACGUUAGUGGGGCUUUACAAAGCGAUGGUCGCCCUGUGGCAUCUAGACGCAGCCGCUCCCAAAUGGAACAGCUUCAAAACUGGCAGAGAAACAGAAGGAUGCUUGCGUAUUCAACAGUUGGAACACCUGAUUAUAUUGCUCCAGAAGUUUUGCUGAAGAAAGGGUAUGGAAUGGAAUGUGAUUGGUGGUCUCUUGGUGCCAUAAUGUAUGAAAUGCUUGUGGGGUUUCCACCCUUUUAUUCAGAUGAUCCAAUGACAACUUGUAGGAAGAUAGUGAAUUGGAGAAAUUAUUUGAAAUUUCCGGAAGAGGUUAGAUUAUCACCAGAAGCUAAGGAUCUUAUCUGUAGACUCUUAUGUAACGUAGAGCAAAGGCUUGGAACAAAAGGGGCAGAUGAGAUUAAGGAUCAUCCUUGGUUCGUAGGUGUGGAAUGGGGAAAGUUAUAUCAAAUGAAGGCUGCUUUUAUUCCCAAAGUCAAUGACGAGUUGGACACCCAGAACUUUGAAAAGUUUGAUGAGACCGACAAGCAAGUUUCAAAGGUGACAAGAUCAGGUCCAUGGAGAAAGAUGCUCUCAUCUAAAGACAUAAACUUUGUGGGUUAUACAUACAAGAACGUUGAAAUCGUAGAGGAAGAUCAGUUAUCAGGGAUAGCUGAGCUGAAGAAGAAGAGCACAAAGCCAAAGCGGCCAUCAAUCAAAUCUCUCUUUGAGGAUGAAUCAGCGAGCAGCAACACAAGUCACCAAGGAAGCUUCUUGAACCUCUUGCCACAAGUUCCAGAGAAAGAAGGCAAAUCCAGCUCAUCUGGGUGACAACAUGUGGCACAAAGCCUAAACCAAAACUUGUAGAGAGAGAGAGAGAGAGAGAGAUACACAAUUCAUUUUAAUUUAACAGGUUUGAGUUGGGUGAAUUCAGGGUUCGAGAAAGUACAGUUUUCCCUCGUGACCCCUUUGAUCAUUUGUGUGGAGAUAGAGAGAAAGGUUUUAAGUAUUAUUGUUCAAACAGUUUCCGCAGAGGUUUGACAUUUGUUUGGGUUUAGAUUUUGAUAUCUUAUUGUUCAAAAGGUGUUUCUAUUUGAAGUGAAACCCCAAGUAAAUGUUAUCAUUAUGUUUUUUCA